ACUACCCUAAGGCAAUUGUACGACUGUUCCGACGGCCCAUAUUUCUCAUCAUGGUUUUCGACACCCUGAUAUCGUCAGUUCCGUGGGCGGGCAUAUCAUUCUUCAGAAGCACCUACAUGGCCAGCGAGUACAACGUCCCCAUGUCCAGAGUGGCGUUUCUCUCAGGAGUAUCCAACGCUGUUGCCAACGCUGCAGGUACAAUACUCAGCUCUUGGCUGUGCAGCCGCAUUACCACCAAGACCGGCUACGUGCUCUCCAUCUUCUGCUCCUACUUCAUAGCCACGUUGAUGACGCCGCUGUAUCUGGUCUUCGGCUGUGAUAACCAGCCGGUCUAUGGAGCCUCUGGCGAGAUCGGAAUUCCUGUCAACACGAGUGGCUUGUGUAACUGUGAGAACGUGACCCAGCUCCUUUCGUGUGGAGCAGACGGCAACAACUACUUCUCUCCCUGUUAUGCUGGCUGUGCAGAUGUUGUUGGGAACUUGUUUAUAAACUGCAGUCUACUAGCCAACCACACCGGAGACAAAACUCUAACCUCAGGGAUAUGCGCUACCGACUGUGACCGCAACUUCCUCAUCUACGUCUUUGUCCACGGCCUUCAGAAUUUCGUUACCGCUUUGUGCGCUAUCCCAUACAGGCUGUUGGUCAUCAGAACUGUAGAGCCAAGAGACAGAGCUUUGUCCAUGUGCAUCUAUAUUUUCUUUUUUAACAUAUUGGCAAUUCCGGUUCCAAACUUGUUCGGGCGAAUAGUGGACAAUGCUUGCUACGUCUCAGAGGGAGAGUAUUGUGCCUUAUACGACAGGACAAUCAUCAGGUAUCUAAUGUCAGGAGUUGAUAUUGUGCUGCACGGUUCAGCCCAGAUCACUUCGUUAAUGAUGCUCUCUUUGUUCAAGUAUGAAGACAGACAAAUCAAACGAAAAACAAAGAAGAAAGACGAUGAAAACCCGCAGACCUUCACUGACCAGACGCGGGAUGAUGUAGACGGGAAUCUGGAACAACGGAGGGAGGACAGUAGACGUACCAGCCACAACGAAACUACCAAACUUUAG